CAGACCUAAUUAAAGACUAUGAGGAGAGUAAAGAGGAGGAACAUCGUGUCAAAAUUGAGGGCAAAACUCAUUUAGAGACUGGUGGUAUUUUAAAAACGAGAGACAAGAGUUGUUUUACCUGCACUCAGUGUGGAAAGAGUUUGGCAAACAAAAGCAAACUAAAGAUUCACAUGAAGAUCCACACUGGAGAGAAACCAUUCACAUGCACUCAGUGUGGGAAGAGUUUCAGCCACUCAGCAAACCUUAAUCAACACAUGAUGAUCCACACUGGAGGGAAACCAUUCACAUGCCACCAGUGUGGGAAAAGUUUCAGCAAACCAUCAACGCUUUACAGACACAUGAGAAUCCACACCGGAGAACAACCAUUCACAUGCACUCAGUGUGGGAAGAGUUUCAACCAACCAUCAAACCUUAAUCUACACAUGAGGAUCCACACUGGAGAAAAACCAUUCACUUGCACUCAGUGUGGGAAGAAUUUCAUCCACUCAUCACACCUUAAUGAACACAUGAUGAUCCACACUGGAGAAAAACCAUUCACAUGCACUCAGUGUGGGAGGAGUUUCAGCUUAUCAUCAACGCUUAAUAGACAUAUGAGGAUCCACACCGGAGAAAAACCAUUCACAUGCACUCAGUGUGGGAAGAGUUUCAGCCAAUCAGCAUCCCUUAAUCGACACAUGAGGAUCCACACUGGAGAGAGUCCAUUCACAUGCACUCAGUGUGGGAAGAGUUUCAGCCUAUCCUCAUACCUAAAUAAACACAUGAGGAUCCACACUGGAGAGAAACCAUUCACAUGCACUCGUUGUGGGAAAAGUUUCAGGCACUCAUCACACCUUAAUCAACACAUGAUGAUCCACAAUAGAGAGAAACCAUUUACAUGCACUUGUUGUGGGAAAAGUUUCAGGCACUCAUCAUCCCUUAAUCAACACAUGAGGAUCCACACUGGAGAGAAACCAUUCACAUGCACUCAGUGUGGGAAGAGUUUCAGCCUAUCAUCAUACUUUAAAAGACACAUGAAGAUCCACAGUGUGAGAGACUAUAUGUGCUUGGAGUGUGAGAAGACUUUUAUUACAGCUGCAGAAUUAAAACGACACCAGAGGAUUCACACUGGAGAAAGAGGUUUACUUAGGAACUUAGAAAACACAUGAGAGGAUUCACACUGAAAAGGAAUUGUAGACAUGAUCAGUGUGUACAGAGUUUCACUCAUUCGGGGCAGCUUAAUAAACACAUGGGAUGGUUUUUCGGCAGGACAAAACAACCAUUGAAACCUGAAAGAUUUUUAGAUUUUGCCGAUUUUUUUAGACGGCAUGUUUAUCAUAGAUAUCAGGUAUCAGGUCCUGUUCCGUAAAUGAUGUUCAUCAUUUUGACAGAUUUGCCCUCACAAUUGUUCUGUAAUCUUCUUAUAGUAAUUAAAAAGCACAAUAAUU